UUCCUGCAGCUCCUGAGGGGAGGUCUUGGGACCCAGCCGUGCCGGUCCUGCCCGCAGGAGCUGGGAAGGAGCAGAGGCCGUGCGGUAGGAGAAGUGGGGUGCAGGGGAAGGCUGCGGCCACACUCUGGGGCUCUGUCCAACGCGGUGGGAGUCAGAGUCAGUUCACCUUUGCGCACGCCACCCCCAAUCCGGUAAUGAAACCCGUGUGCUCGGUGGGAACUGCAAGUGCAGAUCUGGGGGUAAAGUAUCCAAGCAAGAACAAGAAUAAUGAAGAAACACAUGUGUUAAUUGCAGCCUUUUGAACUACGCGAGAAGGAAAGCAACAGUGUGGACAAGGCUGGAACCAUUGCCACGCUUGUUGGAGUAAAUGAGGAAUGGGCUUGUGAUUAUGCUGACAUUCCAGCAUGAAUCUGGUAGACCUGUGGUUAACCCGUUCCCUCUCCAUGUGUCUCCUCCUACAAAGUUUUGUUCUUAUGAUACUGUGCUUUCAUUCUGCCAGUAUGUGUCCCAAGGGCUGUCUAUGUUCUUCCUCUGGGGGUUUAAAUGUCACCUGUAGUAAUGCAAAUCUCAAGGAGAUACCCAGAGAUCUUCCUCCUGAAACAGUUUUAUUGUAUCUGGACUCCAAUCAGAUCACAUCUAUCCCCAAUGAGAUUUUUAAGGACCUCCAUCAACUGAGAGUUCUCAACCUGUCCAAAAAUGGCAUUGAGUUUAUCGAUGAGCAUGCCUUCAAAGGAGUAGCUGAAACCUUGCAGACUCUGGACUUGUCCGACAAUCGGAUUCAAAGCGUGCACAAAAAUGCCUUCAAUAACUUGAAGGCCAGGGCCAGAAUUGCCAAUAACCCCUGGCACUGCGACUGUACUCUACAGCAAGUCCUGAGGAGCAUGGCGUCCAAUCACGAGACAGCCCACAAUGUGAUCUGUAAGACGUCCGUGUUGGAUGAACACGCUGGGAGACCAUUCCUCAAUGCUGCCAAUGAUGCAGACCUUUGUAACCUCCCCAAAAAAACUACUGAUUAUGCCAUGCUGGUCACCAUGUUUGGCUGGUUCACCAUGGUGAUCUCGUAUGUGGUAUAUUAUGUGAGACAAAAUCAGGAAGACGCCCGGAGACACCUUGAAUACUUGAAAUCCCUGCCAAGCAGGCAAAAGAAAGCGGAUGAGCCGGAUGACAUUAGCACUGUGGUAUAGUUUCCAAGCAGACUGGCAUGGAGGAAGAAAGUAGUUUGCAACUGCAGUAGAAUCCGUGUUUAUUUCUCCCAUCCAUUGUAAACAUUUAAGACUUUGUAUUUCAGUUUCUUUUCAAUGAUACCACUGUUGAACUUUUAACGAACACUACGACAUAACCAAUCAUUUUAGUUUAGAUGACCCACCCCCUUAAGAGUACCCCUGGUGGUAUAUUCCUGAGUAAGCUACUGUCUGAACUUUAGUUAGAGUCAUCUCACUAUUUAAUAAUGAAAUUUAUUUUUUUAAUUUAAAAUCAAAUAAAAGCUCCACUUUGA